AUGCGGAAAGACUCAGUGAUUUAUAGAGUCUGGCCCUCUGUUGACAGCAGGCAUGGUCGAGCAAACAAUCUUACUGUGCUCAACAAUAUCAGAAAGUAUGGAUUUAUUAUUAAAUUCUUCUCCCAAACUGUCAACAGAGUGACCAGACUCUUUGCCAUCAUUGACUGUCUUUCCAAUGUUCAACACGUGAAUCAGAAUCUUUUCCCUGCGUGGGAUAGCCUGGCACCUCGUGUGGUGAAGGUGGUGGAUAUGAAGUCUAUUGAGGGGAUUGCUAGCCUUGUCCACAACUCAAACAACAAUGCCAUUUAG